AUGGCAGAGAAGCGAAAGCAGCCCGGACCGGGCAAGAAUCGCGGUGGUCGGCCCCGCAAGAAGAGACUUGAAGACGCUGCGGAAGCCGCUCCAUCUCCAAAGCGACAGCGAAGACGGGAGCCGUCAGCUACGCCUUCGAAGAAAGCUACUGCAACACCUGCGCCGUCUCUCCCAGCAGAGCUUCCCGCAGAAGAAUCACUCCCUACCAAGAUAUCUGAGAAUCAGACGCUACCGACCCUUCCCCGGCCGCAAACACAGAGCUCCCUAUUAGAUUAUCAGUCAUAUGCAGACAGUGGUGUUAUUUCUGCAGCGCUGCAUCGAUCGCGGACGAGAUGGCUUCAUGAUUGUCUGUUCGAGAAGUACUGGACCAAACCAUCAAAGAAGAAGAAUCAACCUCAACCGACAUUUCAAAAUCCUCCAAAGGACUCAAUGACGAAGUUGGGACCUUGUACGAUGGUUAUUGAACCGCAUUAUUUCGAUAUCAUGCUCUAUGCCGUACGACGACCGCAAUCCCAACAGCCGAACCAGCAGCAGCAACAGAAACCUAUGGUUCAAUUACAGUAUACGCCCCCAAGUAACUCGGGCCAGUUUCAUGAGUACAAUCCUCGACCACCUCCAGUUCAGGUGCCGCCAAAUAGAUCCCCCAAUACCGUCCCUCCUCCUCAGCCUCCUCGCCAUCCACAACAGCAAUAUCAGCAUCAACAACAGCCGCCAUUACCUCCUCCUCCUCCCGCCCCUCCGCAGCAGCAGCAGCAGCAACAACCCCGGCAGCCACCCCCGUUACCACACCAUCCUCCCCAUUCACAGUCCCAAGCGCCUCCGCCUACCACUGCGCCGCCUCCUGGACCCGUUCAUCAACCCCCGACAUCUCAACCUCAUGGUCAUAACAUUCCCCAGAAGCCUCCAAAUCCUCCACCUGGGAAACCGAGCACCGACCCUGUUAUCCAGCUUCUCGCCAAUAGAGCUGCUACCAACCCCGAUCUAAGGGCUUUAAUGAGGAUAGUUGCGGAUAGUCAAGCUGACCAGGAACAGCUUCGAGCCUUUCAGGCCCAUAUUGAUGAAAUAAAUGCGAUUAUUGCUAGUAGAAACUCGAAGGACUCACAACCAAACCAAUCACAAGCAAAGCCAGAACCCCCCACGCAGAUGGGCGCACCUCCAACUUCAGCUAGCGCAGCACAAAACCGAGUUCAUACCCCCAUUGCGUCACGCAAUCCAGCAGUGGCUCCUGGGCCAGUACCCUAUCAUCCUCAAAAUCAACACCCUCAUCCCCCAGGACCCCAGUACCCCCCUGGCCCUCCUGGACAGCAAGGGCCAAAUUCGAUUAAAACUAAACAUACCCAGAAGGUACCUCCGCCUCAAAAUGGAUACUUCCGCCCUCAAUAUUCACAGCCAGUUUCACAGCCUGCAAGAAUGGAUAUCAAAAACGUGGUCUUUGAGUUCAUUCUACCCGCAGGCUCAAAUAAUGGCCCAACCGGAGAUCGAUAUUUAUUUCCAGAGAAUAUGAUAUUGGAUUAUUUUCCCGGGAAUACUACGGUUAUUGCAUCUUUCCUAGCAAUCAAAAAGAUCGGCCCACCAGGAUCUUCGACAGAAUCAGACAAGAAAGCUCCUGUGAAGGUAAGGGGCAAAAAGGCCAAACUGCUUCAAGCUGCCGCUGCCUCUAACUCCGGUGACAGCCCAUCCAAACCACCUGCUUCGCAAUCAGAAAGCAUGAAAGAUACCAAAGGGACAGAUGCAACUGCAACUGUGGAAAAUUCCAAGACAUCAGAUGCCCCUGAAACACCUGAUGAUAAUGCAUCUUCAACUUCAGGAACCAAACCCAAAGCUGAGGAAUCUAGCGUUAAGGAAUACUACCAGCCUGUCACAUUACGACUACAUGCAAGCAAUCCCAGAACCCUCGAACCUCUCGGGCGUGUUGUAAAACCUCCUGGAGAAGUGCGGGAUUAUAUGAAUGGUGUUAUGGAUAGGAUUGAGCGUGCCGAUAUCGAAUAUCUUGCCUUCAGACUGCCACAAGAACACCGACGAGCUCGUGGUGCUGCAGCAGGAGACGAAACCUCUAAACUCGCAGGCCCUGCGCGAGGCGCUUCAAAGCUCAAUGGAACAGAGAGCGAAUCAGGUGUGGGCACUCCUCGGAAUGGGGACAGAGAUGACAAUGGUAGCAAAUCUGCUGAAGUACUGCAAGACCAUUAUGAUCUUCCAUCAGGACUUGUGCCUCUCAGACCGUGA